UGCGACGAUCAGGAAUCGAAAAAGCUCAACCGAAAUAUCAUAUUACAAUCAUAAUGGCUGCCGUUUACAAGACUGUUUCUAAGAAGAAGUCUCGGCAAAUUGCCGAAGAUCAAGAUGAGGUAGAUAUGGAGAUGGAAGAUCUCCUCGCUGGAGCCGACGAUACAAGCGACAGCGACGAAGACGAAGAUGAGCACACUGCGGAAGCGGCCAAGAAGCAGCUCGCCGCUGGAUUCAUGCCCAAGUCUCGCGUUCUUAUGUUGACUUCAAGAGGUGUGACAUAUCGCCAUCGACACCUGCUCUCCGAUCUCUGCGCUUUGCUCCCUCACACGCACAAAGAAAGCAAAUUGGAUACGAAAAAGAAGACGGCCGGUUACAAUCUACUCCUGAACUCCCUCGCAGACCUCCACUCAUGCAAUGUCAUUUUCUUCCUCGAAGCCCGCAAGCGCGGUCAAGAUUUGUAUCUGUGGCUGGCUCGUCCUCCAAAUGGACCUACGAUCAAGUUUCACCUCACCAAUCUGCACACGAUGGGUGAAUUGAACACUGGAUUUAGUGGUAACUGUUUGAAGGGUGGCCGUGGCAUUGUCGUUUUCGAUCGCUCGUUUGACGAACAGGGUCCGGUUAUGAGCAGCCCCGGAAACGAGUACCGCGGAUUGAUCAGAGAAAUGCUGCGUGGAGUUUUCUGUGUGCCGAAGCGCGGUGUCAAGGGCUUGAAGCCUUUUGUUGACCGCGUCAUCGGUGUCUUCGGUGUGGAUGGCAAGAUUUGGAUUCGCGUCUAUGAGAUUAGAGAGUCCGAAGGUGGAGCCAAAAAGGACGACGAGAACAGCAAGCCCGCGCCCAAGGGCAAGAAUGCUCAACCUGAGAUUUCCCUCGUUGAGAUUGGACCUCGCUUCGUCCUUACGCCAAUCGUCAUUCUUGAGGGCAGUUUCGGCGGCCCUGUCAUCUACGAGAACAAGGAGUAUGUGAGCCCCAACCAGGUCCGCAGUGAGAUUCGUUUGAGCAAGGCGGCGCGUUAUGCCAAGCGUCGGGAUGUCCAAACCAACUUGAUUUCGAAACGCUCUACGUUGGGCUUGGCGGAAGGCGAGAGAAAGCCAGGUCCUCUCGACACUAAGAGCCUCUUUUCUUAGAAGCUAUUAUGGUCAUCAUGAUUCCGAUUCGGUCCACUUGUCGUUUCUGUCUCUUUUCUUCCAUGAGCAUUAGACUUGAUAUCCUGAGGGGAUGUACAUGUGAGGCGAGAGGUACAUUGUUUCGGUCCAUUCUACGGCGUCUAGGUGUGAAAGAUAAUUUAAAAGUUUCAUAUGUUCUUCAUCCUUAGAUGUCUGGUUGCAUUCCCAAAUUCCGGUCAAUAAAUGGAACAUUGCAUGCU